AUGUCGGAGCCCUUGAUCCAGAAGCGCCAUUUGACGCGCCAGGAAGCAAGGCAGGGCAUGCAGGAGCUCAUGGCCAACGUUGGGAACGAGGGGUGGUUCUUGGUGCCCCCGGCGUCUGCGCGCAAGGUGAAUGACUUGUGCGAGCUUGUGGCAGAGCAUGGCUUCGACGCUGUGAAAGAUAAAAAGGUCACGUUGUGUGAGACAGGGAUGCUCAGCCACAAAUACAAAGUCAAAGCAGUUGAUGAGGUUUCGCAAACCAUCCAGUUUGAGGGCUGCGGGCGUGGAGAACCGUUUCUCGCAAGGCCAGUGAACUCGAAAAUCUUCAACAUUGCCUGGAAUUGGCCUGAUGGGAUUCCAGUGGUGAGUGUGCACUCCAUGUCAGGCGACACGGUCGAGCACUUCAUCUGCUCAUGGGCUGAGCGUACGCGGGACGCUUUCAGCAGAGUCAUCAACCAAAUGAUCGAUGGCACUACUUGGAAUGCCACCGAGCCCGAGUUUCGCAUGGCAAAGUUCGUGUUCGGCGAGCGGGUCUUUGACGUGCGGUCGCCACGCACAGUGCAGUGGAUGCUCUUGCAGAGUCCCUUUUCAGUCGAUGAUCCCAAUGAGCAUCCCCCAAUUCCAGUGGCUAUGCCAGCAAAGCGUCCCAGCACGAAGGGUGCGAAGCCAAAGGGGCCGAAGGAACUUGGCGGCAGCUUGCUGUCAGCCGAACCAUCUUGGUUCAUCUUGACGUGCCUACGUUCGAGCAUUGUCAGAAAGGAAGUUGCUGACGGAUUUGCCCAGCUGGCCAAACUGGCAUUCCUGUCAUUUGUUGAACCAGGCAUGGAUUUCCGCAGUGGGCUACAGCUAGACUUUCACUGUGGUGGUACUGGGUUCCUGUCCGCUGUGCCGACAAUUCUCGUGUCCGAUGAAGGCGCCAUUCGGGAUUGCUUUGCAUCAAAGGGUGCUAGCGGGUCACUGAUGUGCAUUUUGCGCAGAACCACGGUGUCAAAAGCGUCCACCCUGGCUCGGUCGUCCGACAGCGUGAUAGAACACACAGAACUAGACGUGCGCAAAUUUGUGCUACACUCUGACGCUACACUGCGAGACAACCAUAGGCAUCUGGCGGCCCAAUCUGUGGUGCUCAACAAGUCACAAUUCAGUAGCCUGCAACAAAGACUGGGCAUAAAUUAUUGUCCAAGAGGUCUUUUGGCGUUGGAUACUGUUCAGGCUUGUGGUUUUAGCGUCACAGAAGGUUUAUGCUAUGACUGGAUGCAUUGCUACAUGGUAUCAGGCCUGUUCCACUUGGAAGUGACAUUGCUUCUUGGGGCGCUAGCAGGGGCAGGUAUUCGCCAAGAAGAAGUCCACCAAUAUGUCAGCACCUUUGUGUGGCCUAGUUGGAUAGGAGGGCGUGCAGUGGAUGCCACCAAAGUUUUGGAGAAAAAGGUCGACCUGUCCAAGGACAAGUUCAAAAGCAGUGCGUCUGAGGGUUUGUCGCUGUACCCGGUACUGCUGGAAUUCUUGAGGUGUUUGGAUCCGAGACGAGUCACUGAGAAAGUGGCAGCAGCACGCAAAGUGUUUCAGCAUUUGUGCGCAGUGAUGGAUCUUCUACUGUUGGCUGCAAAUGCAGGGAGAGUUGCUCCAUGCAGCCUUCAGAAUGCAAUCACCCUGCAUUUCAUGGACUUUACCGAGGUGUACGGCAAGGACUUCUUGCCUCCAAAGGCUCAUUUUGCCAUGCAUCUACCAUGGUCGCUGGAAAAGCACGGUUUCUUGCCUUCUUGCUUUGUGCAAGAAAGGCGGCGUAAGGAACUCAAACGGUACGCUAAUCAGACUGCGACUGGUGUCCCUGGGGUGGAGCGCUCGGUGUUGGAGGAAGUGACCCUGUCCCACACCAUGGAUUUGGAACAGUACAACGGGCAUGGCGAGUUGGACCUCGUAAAGGGUAAGGAAGCGUCAGGUGAGUUGCAUGCAGCCUUUUGCAAGGCCCAUCAAUUGUUGGUGGCGCCAGGAUUGACCGUGGGAAGAUCUGUAACCUUUGGUCUUGGAAAGCGGUCUGUUGCUGUUGGAGACGUGGUGGAGAUCACGGACGGUACUUCAUUAGGCAGGAUUUGCCAGGUCAAGUGCUUCGUGAAGUUUGAGGCCACCGUGUUCAGCCUGGUGUCUGUUUGGGAUGAUGUGGAUGUGAAAAGCUCUUCGUGUCGGCCCAUGGAGAACCAGGUAUGGGUUGAGGCUUCUCGCAUCGCAUGUUGUUGCAUUCACCGUGCCACACCUGAAGGGUUGUGCACAGUGAUCCCCAUUAGGCGCUGA